AUAAGAAAAUAUUGCUCAUUGGCAUAUCAAAGAAAAGGUCUGUUGCUACAGAAUCGUACGAACGACGAGAUUUGGAAGUAUGGAAGAUAUCCGUUUGGCCACUUCGAAGUUCUUCAGCCAAAACCCCGAGGAGAAGGCCUCAGCUUUUUCCGAGUUCUCACUCAUGGAACACUUCUCUGUAGGCAAAGUGUCCAGGACUGUGUUCGACCACUACUUGCUCUGGAAGAUGCCCGAACCGUUCGACAACCUCGAACUAUUCAAUCAACUAGACUCAGACGGAGAUGGCCUUCUCUCCUUUGAUGACUUCUUGGUGUAUAGCUACCUAAGCAAGACGAGGCCGACCUGUGCUGAGUGUAAGGUCCUCGUUAAGUUCGUGUUCUACACUUGUUUCCAGUGCUUCACCGAUGCCAAAAGGUGCUCGUACGACCUGUGCGCCAAGUGCUAUCUCCAAAAGAAAAACGCUGCUGCCGAUCAUCAGCAACAGCAACCCCAUCGUCCUGCAGGUUUGGCUAAGAACGAUGUUAUUGGGCCCACCGGCUUCGUAGACAACUAUGCUAUUGUCGAGCUCCUCCGAGUUCCACCAAAACCAUUGCCGGUCAUAACUACGAUGGCGGCUGCGGUGGUAACUGGUGGCGUCGUCAGUGGAUUAACCAGCAAUACGAUUCACGAUUUCACCUGAAAUAUGUAAAGUGAACAACUUGGGAGAGGGUAAGACAACCGAAAUUAGAUUAAGCACGUAUCAAGCCUUUUUUGCUUUUAUUUUUUUCUCUUUUCUCGUUCCUCUUUUUUUUUUUCCUAUAAUUUAGUACCUCAUUCGUAAAUAAAGCGAGCAAAAUAUGUCGCUAGGGAUUACUUUUGUACUGAUGGGCUCGUCCGUCAUUAUUUCAUAUCCUUUGGGUCUUAAUGUUGUAUGUAGGAAUUCUUGGUGUCUUUGAUCAGAUGUUAAGAGAGAUUGUGGAGUUCUUAUACCUUAUACCCGUUGUAUUUGACAAUCUCUUUUGACUUCGAUCCAUACGUUUCUCCACCGGGAAAAGGGAUCGAACUUUUAAGGA